AGUGGGCCCGGAAUACUGUGUUCUAAAAACUCAGAUGCUGUUCCGUUCUCAUCCUGUGCCAGCUUCCUAGCAGCUGGCACCAUGUGCUUUCAGGUUUUUUUUCCAGUGGUAUUUGGAUAUGCUUGUUUACCUUUGUGCACGCACCAUUUUAACCAGAAAUUCUGCCUUGUUGUCCUGGGCGGUUUUGUUUUCAUUUCUUACACCACUAUUGAAGUGACUGGUCUGCUCAGCGGUGGUACAGCGGAAGCCUCGGAAAGUCACCUGCAAGACAGCCUCCUCUCCUCUCCUGUCAUGGAAUCCUACCUUAAGGCGUUUCUUAAGUGGAGAUACGUCUCACAACGGACUGUAAGUGGUCAUCCUUUAUUGCUUUCUGCUUCUGGAAAUGUAACAGGUACAGACAUUUGAUUUCCCUAUGGUUUACUAAGAAGAAGAAAACCCACGUUACUCUCAAGGUGCUAUUAAAAGACUCACAUCAACCUUCAGUGGAGCUGGACACACAGGCUGCUGGUCCAUAUGCUCGAAGCGCUUCUGUGCUUUUGGUGUGACACCAGCCCUUCCUGGUCAUGGCUGAGGCAUCAUACCCCUUGGGUAGUAUGACUCUUUGCUCUCAGGAAUUGAUGCACACGUCUUUACCGGAGCCCCUGACUAACCCCAGGAUCAGGCAAGGUCUUGGUCAUUUUUUCGGUUGUUCAGCUUUUGACCUUGGAGCAGGGCGCAAGUUUUACAGUCAACUUCCAGCGCUUUUAUUUCGGUGGAGAUUUUUCUUUGGGCCAUGUUUGCUGUUCUGUAUAUUUCUGCAGUCUGUAUAGUGGAAAUUUCCCUAAACUUUUGGAACCGUUACUACUUCUUUUUUUAAACUUUUUUUUAAAAAUUUUUUUAAUUGUUUUGUCCAACUACUCAAAAAUGUUUUAAUUAAUUUUUUAAUCUUUUUUGGGAGAAGGUAAUUAAGUUGUUCAUUUUUUAAAUAGAGGUAUUGGGUAUUGAACCGAGGCCCUCAGGCACGCUAAGCAUGUACUCUACCACUGAGCUAUACCCUCGCCCCCUCCUCCCACUACUUCUUACACUUAUCUUCCUAAAGUAGUUUGUCCCCCUAAAUCAGCUAUUCUUAGAGGGUGAACUAUCUGGCAGUUAUUUUUUAAUGUUAGAUCCCAGGAAAUCUACUCAAUUUGCAUCGGGCUUUUCAGAUUCUGUGGGUCUUCACCGGUGCUCAGUCAGACUUCGUAUGUGAAAGUAAUGGGCACAUCUGGGUGUUUCACUAUCUCAUUCCUUUUGGUAACUCAGUCUGUCUUCUGGUGGUUGUCACUGACCAGCCUCUCCUUGGAGCUUAUUUGAAUCUUUGAGCAAUAACGUAGAAUUACUGUGAAAACAGUUUACAUCAAAGGUCAGCCGUGCAUUUGAAUAUUGGCUAGCACAUUUUGCAUUUUCACUGCUUUUACAGUCUCUAUAACUUAGGUAGAGAAUUAAGCCUUGCUUGUUCCCACUCCGUAGAUGGGGAAAUAGUGAGAAUGAAGUGACUUCCUGGGGUCCCCACUGAGAUUUCAUGACGGACCCAAAACAAGAGCUUCAUGUCUGGCUCCGGUUCCACUGUCCUCCUCACCACCCCUUGCCAGCUCCAGUGCUGACUCAACUGUAAACACUCCCGUGAGGGCGUGUAGCUUUGGACCAGGAGAGGGGAGAGGUGGUAUAAGUAGCCAAACUGGGUUGAUAAUACAAAGGGCAUUUUCACUUGGCCCUAGAGCAUGUUUUUUUUUGUACUUAAGUCAAUUAAGAGGUGUGUUCACUGUUCUGGAAACUUAACGGCACUGCAGACUCUGUAAGGAAGCCACCUAAGGACCUGGAACGUCAUGGGCAUCCCCAGGCUUCCAGGCCAAGAGCCCUCCCUGAUCCCCUCUCUGGUUUGUUUCUGGUUCCCUUGACCAAAGGUUUCUAGAAUUAGGGACCUUGCAUUAGUUCUGUAUGCCUAGAGCUCAGCAAAGUGUGUGAUACACAUUAGGGUUUUAGGAAGAGAUCAAAGAAGGGAUGGAAACACCUUCAGUUCAGAAAAAAAAUUUUUUUUAAUCCCAAGUGUUUAGGGCUAAAGGUAAUUGGGUAAUUCAAAGCAUUUCCCAUGAUUCUGAAUCUUAAUUGCCAUGCUCAUUGCUGGAGCAAUAAAGAUAAGAUAGGUCCUAACAGGGAAAGAAACAUUCUGUAGAAAAGGGCCCUGAGAUGAGCAUGGUCAAAGGGUGGAUACCUGCCUCCAUGGCACCUGGGAUGUGGGGUGGCCUGGAUCCUGUGGCAUUGGAGCUGACUUUGAAGGGCAAGCUUGGCAAGCUCUUGGAAAAGCAGGAGGUAGGAUUUUAGAGCAGGGUUUGCAGCUUUCAGCCUGCUCCUAGAGCUGACUUGAAGGCCUGCUGGGGAGUGCCUAGGUGGGUGAGCCUGCAGAGGCACUGUGGGGGAGCUGCGUGCAGGUUCCGGGCAAGCUGUUCCCAUCGUUGGGGAUUGUAAGUGGGCAGAGAUGUUGCUUAUUUGGCCUGUUCUUUACAGGCAGGAGAGAAUUCUACCUAAGGUGGACUAACGCAUGGCCUUGGGCAGUUUCCUUUCCUCUUCUGAGUCCCAGGCCCUGCUCUGUAACAUGGGAUCACAUCUGCUCCUGUGGGGUUGUUGUGAGGUGUCAGAGUGAGUGAGGGCCCAGUGCUGGGCAGGAGGUCGUGUCCGCAGCCCAGCGGGGGCCUAACAUCAGGUAGUUGGCAGGGUGGGGAUGGGUGGGCCCCUCUGGUGGGAGGGUGGCAACUACAGAGCUCUUGGUAUUAUUUUUAUUACUAUUUCUAGAAGAAAUCAUGCUAAAGAUUUAAAAAAUGCAGGUAAUUCAGAAGUACAUCAAGAUGAAAAUAAUAACUGAAAUCACACAACCUAGAGAUCAGCCUCAGACAUUUUUUCCCCCCUCAUGAUUUUCUAGACAGAAAUGAGAAUUUUUUCCUCUUGAAAACAGUCCUCUGGUGGAUGUCUUUCUAUGUUACACAUAGGCCUAUCUAAUAAUUUUAAUGACCACAUGGUGUCAAUUUCAUGACAUUAAUGUUAUUCAUCCCUUGCUGAGGACAUUUAGCUUAUUACUUUUUUUUUUGGCCACUACAAAUAAUGCACUGAGAUUUGCUUUCAUGUGCACAUUUGUAUGUUUAUCUCAGAACUAUUUUCAGUUUGUACUCCCACCUGAAGUUUGUGGGAGUGUCUCUUGCCACAUCCCUGAGAACCCCGUGUUAUCAUUUUUCAACUCCUUGCUAAUGGAUCUCAAUGUUAUACUUGAUAUUUACUUAAUUUCUAGUGAGAUGAACCCCUUCCCAUGUUUUGACUGGCCAUUUAUCUUUCAGAUGUGGUGAAGUGCUGUUUGUGACCUUGGCUGGUUUUUCUCUUCGUCUUUUUCUUACAGAACAGCCUUCACUGAAGGAGGCCUUAAACCCCUCUUGUCUUCCUCAGGCCUGCAUUACUUAGAAGCAAGUGGCUUAUGUAUUAACAAACUAACUUUUCCAGUUAAUCUAGGACGGGGAACAGGGGCAGUUUUGCCCCCAGGGAAUAGUUGGCAACAUCUGAGACAUUUUUGUCACAACUGAGAGAGGGUGUAGUACAGGUGGUGGGCAGAGACCAAGGCUGCUGCUGAACACCCUGUGGUGCACGGGGCAGCCCCCACUACACAGCAGCAUCUAGCUUCAAACAUUAGCAGUGCUGAGGUGGAGAGGCCCUACCCUCGGGUCACAUUUCCCCCUUCAGUUAUAUAGAAAAACUGCCAGGAGCUGAGAGCCGACUUUAUUAUAUCCCUGCCCUUGCUUUCUGCCGUGCCCAAGUGCUGCUGAUUAAAUUACCCUGAAAUCCCACAGGGCCUGCUGCUUCCUCGCAGGUCUCUACCAGCCCAGUGCUGUCUCCAGGAGUGGCUUCAUUACUCUGCUGCAGCGUCCCUCGUGCGCCGACACAGUCCAAGUUCAGACACCCUCCUGUCUGCAGAACGACCCACAGGUUUACAAACAGCCCCCUCCCCACCCGGCAGAUCGGCUCUCCCCAGGCCCUACAGCAGCUCUCUGCACAGAAUGACUUUGUGGGUCGGGGGAGGAGAAAUGUCACUACAGAUUACAUUUGGAAAGCUAGUCACUCUACUAUAAAAAGGUACCACAUAAGUAAAUAGUAAUAAUUAAAAAAAAAAAGUAGCUGGUGGGAUGAUGAGAGUUCUUUCCUACACAGCACUUUUCCCGAUGGCGGCAUCAGUGCACUGCCCUCCAGGCCCUUUUCCUGUUCGGAUUCUUCUAGCAUAGGUUGUCCUCAUGGUCUGAGGACAGUUUUGGGUCCAGGAUCCCUGUUUUUGCUCAGUCACAUGUCUGCGACGUUUCGCGUCCAGGCCGCUUUCACAGACACGGAGAGGAACAGGUGACCCUGUGGACGGUGAGCGAACAGCGGGAGUCGUGCCUGCCGGCCCCGCAGACCCUCGCCCCUUAUCUUCAUGCUUGUGCACAGCUCGCCUCGUGUCUGCUGUCAGAGCUGAACUGCUGGACUUGUUACAUACAGAAGUACAGCCUUCAGUAUUACCAUAAAGAAACAAAACAACUGGCCAAUUACACCCAUGGGCCAAGCAGUCAAUCACACGUUUGGACAGGGGUCCAGCUGUACUGUUUCUCAGGACUGUGCGUUCUGUGGACCCAGAGGAACCAAAACACAUCACUGCUAGAAAUGCAUUAUUUGUAAGUGGGUACUUCCAGAGUUUUUGGUAGGGUCAAUAGCUCCUCCAGUCUUUGAACUUUUUAAAUUCGUAAGUUUUUUAUGCAGCAUAGAGUAGGCAAGCUCGGGUCAGCUUGCAUCCAGAUUACCACAAAAUCAAAAGUGUUCGCUAAAAGAGAAAAGUGGUGUUGCCAGUGAAAUUCAAGAUUUCAGACCGUGUUGGCCACAUGUCACUGUUAACACACACUCCUUAGUAACAGCAGUCUGAGCUGUGAGUAGCAUCCUAAUUUUAUUGACAAGAACACAGGCGUUAGUCACUUUGAGUAAAUUAACUUCUUUUGGCUUUGGUUUUCCUCAUUUGUCAGAGGAGGGUGAUCGCUGAGGUAUCUUGCAGAUCCAAAAUUCUGAUUUUUGUCUUACAGCAAGGCCAGGGCCUAGCAGCUUGGCGUUGGCUUUGAUUCUCACAGGGAGUGGAAACCAGCCAUCCGGAGCCUGUUUUCCUCAACCCAGGGCUUCCCCUUCUCUCUUGAGGGUUUCAACUGGGGCUCCCUAUUUUCUGCCUCUUUCUCCUCAAAUUUUAGAUAGACACUGUAUUCUCUGCUGGGACCAACUUAUCUUGUACUGCUGCUCUGCACCUGUGAAGACAGCUGCUGUGGUUUCCAUCAUAAAAACAGCUGCCUUUUGGCAGGGAGGCAUGGAACUGGACUGUGUGGCUGUACCUAACAGUGCUAAGUUAUUUAGGCCUGCUUGACCCGAGAUACUCAGAGCAUCUUGGAAUUCCCGUUAAGGGCUUCUGCAGUCAUCGCUCAGUAAAAGGUUUUCAUGGCAUUUCUUUUGUGAUUGCUAGGCAGAAACCUGACAAUGUAGAAAAUUACAUUUUAAAGUGUAUGAAAUUACAAAGAAAUUAAAUUGUGCCAAAGUAGAUUCCUAUCCUCCCAAAGAUAACCACUAAUGAAAGUUUCACUGUAAAGUUUUGCCUGUAUUUUGCACAUAAACAUGUAUUUUCCAUUAGUACAUAAAUGGAAGUAUAAUCCUGCUGUACAUAUUAUUUAAGAAUAAACAGCUUUUCCGUUAGGUGACCUCUAAAAAUGGUUCGCUAUUCACUUGACCCAGAAAAUCCCACAAAGUCAUGCAAAUCAAGAGGUUCAUACCUUUAUGUUCACUUUAAGAACACUCGUGAAUACUGCCCAUGCCAUUAAGGGUAUGCAUAUCCGAAAAGCCACCAAGUAUCUGAAGGAUGUCACGUCACAGAAGCAGUGUGUGCCGUUCCGUCGUUACAGUGGUGGAGCUAGUAGGUGUGCCCAGGCAGAACAGUGGGGCUGGAUGCAGGGUCGAUGGCCCAAAAAGAGGGCUGAAUUUUUACUGCACAUGCUCAAAAACACAGAGAGUAAUGCUGAACGUAAGGGCUUAGAUGUAGAUUCUCUGGUCACUGAGCACAUCCAGGUGGACAAAGCUUCCAAGAUGCGACACAGGACUUACAGAGCUCAUGGUCAGAUCGACCCUUACACAAGCUCUCCCUGCCGCGUGGAGAUGAUACCUGCUGAAAAAGAGCAGGUUGUUCCUAAACCAGAAGAGGAGUUUGCACAGAAGAAAAAGAUACCCUAGAAGAAACUGAGGAAAUAAAAAUUUAUGGCCUGGAAAUAAAUUCAGCAAAAAAUAAACGCAAAUUAAAGUAUAAACAGACAAGUAAACAGAUCCUGUUAGAUUAACUUAACCCAAUUAUAGCAAAUUCAUUUCCAGAGCAGAGAAAGUGUACAUUUUAUUUGAAUCAUCUGGCCUCUUAACUAAAGCCUGGGUAGGGUUGAGAGCCCGUUUAGAACUGCACACAAGUUUGGCCUUGCGUUUCUGCAUCCCUUUUCCUUGUCUGGUUUUUACAGUAGAGAAACAAAUCUUUGUGUUCCUCAUGACUAAGUUAAUAGGCAUUGUACCUUGGCCGGAGUUGACCUGCAUGAAGCAUGCAGAGGACAAAGCCAAUCGCAAGAGACUCCCACUUUCUUGAGGGAGCUAAGAGGAAAAGAUGGGGAACCCUGCUUACAAUAUCCCAUGCAGGCCAUCCACUUCAGUGACUCAUUAAAUACAGAAAUUUAAAAUAUAUAUAUAUAUAAAACGACUGGGAAGGACACGUGGAGACUGGAUGUCUGGUGCAGGGAAAGGAUGAUCUGAGCUCAGAGCAGCCACGUUCCGCCCAAUGCCAGCUCUGCUUUGUCAGAUGUCUGGUCCACCUGAUGGUUUUUGAGGGCAUGAGGGAUGUCAGUUUCUGAGGAUUCUCACAGCUGCUCCAUGGGGUGCUGUUUGGAGCUGGAAUCUUCUGUGCUCCCCUCCACAGUCUCGGAGGCCCAGAGUCCCCCCCCCACAACACUGGACUCAGUUUCUCCAGGGAGGGUUUCAUCUGGGCAGUAGUCCAGGGCGUGCCCCAAGAGCUCAGCCCCUGGCACCCGCACCCUUCCUGAGCUUUGUCUGCAGCCUGCUAAGUGCCAGCUUGGAAGCCCGAGAUAAAUAGUCUUGCAGCAGCUUAGCAGUCGGCUGGGCUCAUUUAUUUGACACAAAUAAGCUCAUUGACCUGAUUUAGCGCAGGGAGGAACCACGGAGUCCAGCCCAAUGUGAUCUUAAAGCCCUGUCUUUUCACCGCAGCCUUUUCGGACUUUCAAGGACAGACGCGAUUUAAACGAUGAUGCUCGUGGGCGCUAUGUCAAAGGCAGGAGAGGGGAGAGAGAAUGGAGAGAUGGGAAGAAGAGGAAGGGGAGAGAAGUAUGAGGUGCUGGUGGUACGAAAACCAACAGUUGCUCUCUGUGCCACUUGGUGGCACCAAUUCCAUAGGUUUUCUGUGCUCAGCAUAAUUCCUGUCAGGAGACCGUGGGGCCCGUGCCUUUGCGGGCUCCCUCUCUGCAAGACAAUGAAGCUGUUUCUGCGGACGGACGGAGAACCAUCUGGUGGUGAUGGUUCUUUCCCGGCACCUGUCGAUUGAUUCUGUGCUCAGGGACUCAGGGGAGUCUCCUUUGCAGGGAGAGGGAAAUAGGUCUGCUGCUGGUGCUGUCAAAGACCUGAGGCUUAACUCAGUGUGCGUGACAGCCCCCUCCUUCCUCCUGCUCUCCCAUUCACCAAGGCAGAACAUAGGACAGUCUCUGGAGGACUCCUGCCCAGAUGGAAAACAUUUGGAAAGUGCUCACAAUGUACCAUCCUGCACACCCGUCAUCACUUUCACACGGCACCACCUUCCGAGGCAGGUGUUCUUAUCUUCAUUUUAAGAGGAUUUAACCUGAUGCUCAGGCUAAAUUUUGCUCCAGGUUUUACCGUCAGGUGGUGGAGCCAUGUGCCAGCCUCAGAGCCCUUGAAGGCGCCUGUGAGCCCAGCCUCGGCCUGUUGUGAUAGCAGCGACUGUCUUCCCAUCAUUUCUGGUGCAAAAGGCUUCUUAUUUAAAUUCUAACAACCACCCUUACAAGGCUAGUAGGUCUUUUUAUCCUCAGUCUAAGGAAAUAAAGUCAGAAGUUAAUUUCUUUGCAUAGGGAAAUGCUAUCAGGAUAGUGAUUGAACCCAGAUCUUUUUUUGCUCUUGGACCUGUGCUUUUAUCCCCUGUGAUGUAGUAAGUGCCACACUGGGCUCUGAGCACUGAGGAGGGGGUCCUAGAAGGAGGCGGGGUUAUCUGUUCCGAAGCUUGCUGUUUGGCCCUGGGUUUGGAUCAUCCUUGAUUUAAGCGAAAUGUUUCACCUUUUCACUGCUUGUCCUUCCAGGAAGGGUUUUUGAAGAAUGCCCUGGAAGGUAAACUUAGCCUUUCAGCACAGCCCUGGUGAGAAGGCUUUAUCUUAACAUUGUUUUUAACACCAAGCAGAGUCCUUAUAAUGAGCUGAAUGGUUCCCCCCCACUGCCCCCGAAAUCUGCAUGCUGAAGUCCCGACCUCCCAGUGCACAGAAUGUAGCAUAUUUAGAGAGAAAGUCUUUGAAGAGGUGAGGCCUUGAGAGUGGCUUCUAAUCCAAUAGGGCUGUGUCCUUAUAAAAAGAGGGAGCAAACCAGGGCUUCAAGAAGGCCGCCGUCUGCAAGCUGAGGGGAGCCUCAGGAGAAACAAGCCUACUGACACCUUGAUCUUGGACUUCAGCCUCCAGAACUGUGAGAGAAUAAACUGUCGUUUGAGCUCCCGGGUCUGUGGUAUUUCUGUGACGGUAGCUGCACUGGCUGAUACAGCCCUUGAAGGAAGCGCUGCUGAGUUGAUACGUAAACCCAAAGGACAGCAGGGGCAGGGGAAGCACUGAGUUGUGCUGCUGGAGUUCUUCCUGGCUCUAGGGUGUCUCCUCUUUUCUGGGCCUGUUUGCCCAUCUGCGACAGUGUACACGGGAGUGUGCACCAGGUUCCUUCCAGCCCUGGCCUUCUGGGAUUCUAGCCGGUAGCUACUAGACCCGGAGAGGGCUGCUUUGCCUCCCGGGGGAUGUGUGAGGAGUUUUGGUUGUCAUAACGUGUGUGUGGAGGGGCUGCUGGCCUCUCGUUGAGGCCCCGGAUGCGGCUCAGCAUCUUAGAGUGCACUGCAGAUGCCCCGCACGUCCCCCAGGGUUAUCCAGCCUGUGUCAGCAGUGCCGAGGUGGAGAAACCCUGGGUUACACUUUGUUGCCCCUUGAAUGGUGAUGACACGGAAUUGCCGGCCCCAGUGGUUCCUUCAGCAGGUACUUACUUGGCACCUGCUGUGUGCCCGGCUCUCUGCUGGGGAGCGUACAGACUGGAAGACAGCCUCCUGGAAUUUAAAAUCGAGUUGAUCCUGAGCCUCAGGUUGUGGCAACGUGGUACCUAAUCACAUCCUGAGGUGUUGAUGCUGCCAUCCCCCUGAGGAUAAACUGUCAGUUUGGGUUUCCAGAGAAAGUCUUUUAUGCCUGGACAGCACAGACACCAUUUAUUUAGUCCUACCUCAUUCAUAGGUCUACACUAGUAUAGCUUGUUUCUUUCCAAAAAGGAUUUGAGGAAACUCUACAUAUUUGUAUGUAAUACUGAUUAGCAAAACAGAAAUUAAAUUAGAACCAGUCUAAAAUAGAAUGCAGAUAUGAGACAGCAGUACAGUUGAUGCGAUUGAAUUUCUUGGCAGCAAUGGCAAAAAGGGAAAUACUUCCCUCAUGUUAAUACAAAGCAUUAAUGACAUUGUACUGAUCUUUCCUCAGAGGAUGCAAAGUCUACAAUAAAAUUUUCAUACGGGCUUUAGACAGAGGAGACCGACUGGUAUUUAGUACAUAUACUGUGUGUACCAAGCCUACCAAAAGCAGGCAUUUUUGGAUGUUGGAUAGAAUGAUAAAUUAGAAAUGGUCUCUGAUUUCAGAUAACAAUGUCUGUUGGGGGACACAGGCAGUUAUGUCACUACUUGUUACUUGGGAUUUUACACGUGAGAAUAGAGGAGUGUUACUCUGAGCGAGGCAGACGGGAAAGACCUAUGAGUAGAAUGACAUGUUUUCUAAUUUUUGUGAUUUUUUCUAAUUACAGAGUGACACAUUGCAUUGUAAAAAAAUUAGAGAAGUAACGAGAAUAAAAGCUGUCAUAAUCCUUCCAUCUGUAGAUAACCGCUAUUUGGUGUGUGUCUCUUCAUACACGUACACGUAUAUUAAUAUAUUUAACAAAAAAGGAAAUUGCCAUCCUGUUUUCCGUUUUGUAACCAAAUGAAUGGCCCUUGAAUGGGGCUUUGACAUCUGAGUGGGAGAUCACGAGGCCUGCGUGCCGGGUCGGCUGUGGAGUUAGGUAGCCAGGGUCAUGGCCCACCAAGAAUACAUUGAUCCAGGGAGAUGGGUAAAGGCCCACUUUUCAUUGCAAAGCACCAGGGGGCGUUCACGUGGUUACAGAGAUUGGUGUGUUCCCCGCCACCCCUCGCCUCUCCUGCAUUGUGCUGCCCAGCAGCCCUGGAACUGUGUUUUCUGUAGCAGCUUUGUUGAGAUGUAAUUCACUUACCAUGCAAUUCACUCACUUAAAGUGGACGAUUCAGUGAUUUUAGUCUAUUCAUGGAGUUGUGUGAUCAUCAUCACAAUCAAUUUUAGAACAUUUUCAUCAUGUUGGAAAGAAAUCUCGUACCCAUUAGCUGUCACCCCUGACCCUGCGCCCAUUCCUCCCAAUCUGUCCAGCCCUUGAGAGCCACUAGUCUAUUUUCUGCCUGUGUAGGUUUGCCUGUUCUGGACAUUUCAUAUACAUGGAAUCAUACAAUA